ACGGUAGUACAAGGGUAAGCUCCCUUGGACGAGUCCGUGUGUUUGGGGUGGUGAGUCCAUGAGAGGGAAAAAGAGGGUCGAGUCUAUACUCCCAGCGGUGCAUAUAUGGUCCACCUGCGAAAGGGAGCCCAGCACCUGUCGCCGCACGCGCACAGAACCGACCUGCUCGCCUUAUGCCCUGUCAGCUCUACCAACGGCGCUGCUACUGGCAGUGGGGGCUGAAGGUGCAGAGGGGGUUGCUUGCUUGAGCUCCCUCGACUACUAGAACUACCAGUCGAACUCGAGGGAUCAUGCGGACCAACGCAACGAAUUGUCUCUGUUUCUUCUUUCUUUUGUCUCUAGUAUCUCGUGAAUACAUUCAUCGAUCUUCUUCACUAUCAUUGACCUAUUCAAAUUCGUUUCAUCGAGAUCACUUUAUUAAAUCAAUUUUUUGUUUAAAAAUAAACUUUUCAAAAAUCAUAUGAUCGAUUCGAUUAAUUCGAAACAUAUCUUUUGUGAAGCUACGGAAACAUCCUCGAUAUCACCGAUAUACAAUUUGUCGUUUAAUAGUUUUAGUGCAAGGUUUUUCUCUUUGAUUUUUUGUAGUAUCUUUAUAAAAGAUCAUCAACGUUCAUACCUUCUGCGUGUUUGUUUUUUAUAGUGUAUCUCGACGAUCAGUGCGAGUUUUAAAGAAGAGAAGGCGCUUAUCGCGCAGUUCAUGCUUGGGUGAUGAGAGAUGGUGAGAAUGAGGAUAGAGUUGGCCGAGGUUGAGAUACCGAUGGAUGACGGUUCAUCCUCACCAUCGAAGAACAUGGAGGUUGAUGAGUACGGAGUAGAGGCAGAGCUGACGAGUCUUUCGUGGCUGCAAUCGUUAGAUAUCACGAGUGCGUCUGGUUUACCAACGCCACCAUGUUCGCCAUCUCCUCCACCGUUGGUACGAAAACCACCAAAGAAGAUGUCACCUUUGCUUAAGGCCGAAUUAGAUCUUGCAGAAAACGCCGAUAAAUAUCGGACAGAUCCAGACGCAAAACCGCCAUUCUCCUACGCUACGAUCAUAUGCCUCGCAAUGCGUGCGAAUAAUAAUAAGGUGUCCUUGUCGAACAUCUAUGCAUGGAUUCGCGAAAAUUUUUUGUACUACAAAUAUGCUGAUCCAGCUUGGCAGAACUCGAUUCGGCAUAAUUUAUCGUUAAACAAAUGUUUCGUCAAAUUGCCACGUUCGAAAGAUGAGCCGGGAAAGGGUGGCUUUUGGAAACUGGACUUGGAACGUAUGGAAGAGGGUAAAAGAACGAGACGACGUGCUUCGACAACUCAACGUAAUCGAGGAUCGAGGAGACAACACAACACCACAAAUUCAACGACGACGACGACAACGACGUCGACAUCGAUGACGUUGUCUUCUACCUCAAUAAGCAACCAUUCGUUGCAGAACAGUUGUGUACCACUUACCACUUGUCUUUCCGCCCUUUAUGAAACACCACCGAGCAGCGUUUCACCUCCGAUACCGGACACACUCUCGGAAGUACCUGAAUCAACGCAAGUUAAUCUCACCGAAGAUGAUCUCACGGGUCUAUUGAUCGCCACAGCAGGCUGGGAUGAGAAUCAGUUGGAUCUCUUAGAUUCUCUUUUGGAUACUCUUUAAAUAUUUUUCUAUCGCUUGUUUCUCUUCAAAGAAUUAAGAAAUAAGUUGAUUAAAAAUCAUCCAUGAUAAGUUAUUCAUUUUUUGGAGAUUUUUGAAAUUUCUUCUAAUUGAUCUUUUUUAAAUUUUAUUUACUCGAGUAAACAGCAAUUGCUAUUCUUAUUCGUAAACGAUUUUAGUUCAUGUAUUAUUAGUAAUCGAUCGACUCAUAAAAAAACUUUAAUACCGUCUAUUAUAAAUAUAUCAAUGUCGUGUGAAAAAAAUCAAAUAAAUGUUGAACUUGUAUCGAAGCGAUGGGAGAACGAACCAAUGAUGAAUACUUCUGUAUUAUUUGAUAUUUUCUCACAUGUGAAGCAUAAAAUUAUAGAAUUAGAUUACGUUAAUUACAUAUGAAAAUGAUAAAAUAUUUUCGUUGCGUUCUGACAAUAUUGACAGGAGAAUUCGAUUUCUUUCAUUCUACUUUCAUAUUUAAUUCAACAAACGAACAAGGCGGCUGUAAAUAAUGAGAUAUUUAUCUAUUGUUCAAAACUCGAAAGUAGUAUUUCGAUUUUGAAUUAAUUCAACAACAGUUGGUGAAGUCACAAGUAUAGAAGGUGUCUCAUUUAAUUCGGUCAUUUAAUAAUUUUUCCGUAAAAAAAUAUAUUAACUUCUUCGUUGAAGAAGUUUGCAUAUUGCUCUUUUAAGAUAAAACAAGUAAAAAAAUUUUAGUUGAUGUAAUUAAGUGAGAUACGCCGUAUAUAUGAUCUUUGUUUCAAAUCAUCAACAUAUUACGAGAGCGAUUUGUAUUUUAUACGCUCGGAUAGAUAAGUUUAUUCGUUAUAUAAUUGCACUAUAAUCAUUAGUUAUAUUUAUUCUUAUAACGAACGAUAGUAAUUAAUAAUUAUGACUAAUACGUGUGAAAAUAAAGGGGUUAUACCUUUUUGUGACGCAGCGAUUCACGCAUCGUGCCUUCGGCUAAUUAGCGACUGCUCUUUUGUAAUCAUGGUUGAGCAACGUUUGCCUUUUUGUAAAACAAUAACACGACGAGACGAAAAAUUCGAGUUUCGGAUUGAUCGAAUAGCUCGAGAGAUAUCGUCUUUAUCUUCUUAAAUAUAAUACUGAAAAGAAAAAUAAAGUAAUAAUAAGAAUAAUUAUAAUAAUCUUUCAAUCGCGAAAUCGAUGUUGAAAGUAGUAUCAUUUGUGCAAAAUACAUUUCUAACGAUGGAUUCCGUAUAAAACUAUUAUUCGUGUUAGUAAAAAUGAUAGAGUGCAGCACCCUCCCUUUAAAUACGCGAUGCCAUAAUAUGGCAAUAAACAUUACGAAGAAAUCGAUUAUAUUACGCGAACGUGGAAAAAAUAUUUAUAUAAUUAUACUUUCAAUUUUACGCUAUCUCUUCCUUUUUACGUUUUACAUUUUAAUUCUGGAUGAUAAUUCUCGGAUCGAUUUUAAACGCGUUCG